AUGGAGCUGACCAUUAGAUACGCCUCAGGCCUUCUGGCUCUGAUAUGGGUUCUACAUACCUUGAUUACCUUCCUGAGGUUCUACAUAAUUGGCCGUCGCAGCGGGUUCCCCGUCUACAUUGUCCCCAUUCAAACCAGGAGCGUGCCGUGGAUGCUUCUGAAUUCUAUUCUGCGACCGUAUUUCGAGAAAUAUCUACCCGAAUGGAUUUACGAGCGGAUAGACAUUGUGUCGGUCGGUUGGGAGUUUCGCAGGAAAGCGGAGAUGCAUCAGCGACUAGGACCGGCGUUUGUCGUGGUCACACUGAACCAGUGUGCCUUGUGGCAACGACAACGCCGCAUCGUGGCACCUAAUCUGAAUGAGAAGAUCAGCGAGGCAGUAUGGAAUGAAAGUUGUGAGCAAGCACAGGAGAUGCUGGACUAUCUGUCCAAACGGCCUGGUUCUCAAACAUUAAGCGGUUUGCGCUGCCUUGCUAUCAAUGUACUAGGGCAAGCAGGAUAUGGCCAAGCUCAACCGUGGCUCCCCGAGCUUCCAAUUCACUCCAAGGAAGAAUUGAAUGGCCGAGCAGGGUAUUUUAGUGCAAUGGCACUGAUCACGGAUAUGCUUCCGGAGGCCGCUUUCUUGCCGCAUAAAUUGCUGCAGAUGUCAUUCAUGCCGCUGGCUCGUCAAGCUUUGGGUCGCCAUUUGGAGAAAAUCAGCCAAUACACCAAAGACAUGUUGAAUGACGAACGAAAAACUGCCAAGCACGAACCCGGUCCCCGAAAUAACUUCCUCAGCUCCCUGGUGCAGUUUUCGGAUCAAGGUACCGAUGCCAAACCGGCCCUGACUCUGAGCGAAGACGAGAUCAGUGGAAACCUCUUUAUAUUCAGUGUCGCCGGGUUCGACACCACUGCUAAUACUAUGGGCUAUGCGGUGUGUCUGUUAGCAGCGCAUCCGGAAUGGCAGAACUGGAUGCGUGAGGAACUUGCCACGCUCCCGGAUAUCUCGCAAUGGAAGUACGAGGAAACAUUUCCUAAGUGUCAGCGCACCCUAGCUGUCAUGUUCGAAACACUACGCCACUUCACGCCCGUGCUGCACUCAACCCGAGCGGUUAGCGAAACACAGACAUUAGUUGAUUCAGACGGCACCCAACAUGUCCUCACACCCCCGAUGGACAUUUUUGUCUCACAGCAAAGUAUCCAUUUUAACCCCAAUAUCUGGGGCGCAGAUGUGGAAGAAUUCAAGCCCACCCGGUGGCUUGACAACUCUGGGAAUAUCAUCACACCCCCGAAAGGUACAUUCAUCCCAUGGUCUGGCGGACCGCGAGUUUGCCCUGGCAUGAAGAUGUCUCAGGUGGAGUUUGUGGCGGCCAUGGCGGUGCUCUUCCGAUCGGGUCGCUGCGAUCCUGUCGCAGAAGGUGAUAUGAGUCUGGAACAGUCUCGUAAAACACUGCAUGAAGUGUUGUAUCGUGAUUCAAUUUCCAAGGUAACGCUGCAAGUGAAGCAUCCGACGAAGGUGAAGCUGGCAUGGUCCCAGGAGAUUUAG